AUGUCCACACAAUGUCAAAUUAUAGCAUCAUCAGAUGUUGGUCAUCAUCAGAUGCAGGAUAUGUCUGUGUGGCAUGUUCCUAAUAAUAUGGUGAUGGAAAACUGGAGCACUGCCUCCAUCCUGAGAUACCACACUGAAAAUUGCUUCUUAACUCUACACGGAGGAAACCUUCUCAAUUUAUUCAAGAAAUUCCCUGUGAGGUUUGGAAUCGGGACUUGCACCAUUGACAAUGGACCUGCUAUUCCAGUAGUGUAUGAUACUGGAAAUAUGGAUUCUAUUAAAAAACUGUAUGGACCUAAUUCAAGAGAAAUAUUUGUGCCUGGAUUCAUCACAUUCAGAGUCUUCAAUACUGAAACGGCAGCCAUGGCAAUUUGUUCGGGCGUUAAACCAACCGGUUGUCACACUGAACAUUUCUGUAUUGGUGGAGGUGGACACUUUCCUGAGGGGGUCCCUAAACAGUGCGGGGACUUUACGAGUUUUGACUGGGAUGGCUAUGGUACUAAUACAGGAUGGAGUGCUUCCAAAGAGAUAACUGAAGCAGCUGUACUUCUUUUUUAUCACUGACAAACUAAAAUGAUCUGCUUCCUUUCCUUCUGUCAGAGAUAUAGCACAUUGA